CCAUCAACCCAAACUAACAUCUACUAAUUCUCUUAUUUUAAUAUAAAUUUCCUAGUCCGCCAUAUAUAUAAACGCUUCGUCUCCACUCUACAUAUUUAGCAACAACAAAGAAACCCCUAAGAUUUUUAUUUAUUUUUUUCUCAAUUUCUUCAACGAUGAAUGUAUUGAAAUGUCUAGCGAUCAUUUCCGUUCUCGGAAUAUUCUUCAUACCUCGUUAUUCUGAAUCCGCUAUAUCUUGCAGUGUUGUGUUACAGGAUUUGCAGCCAUGUGUGAGCUACUUGACCAGCGGAAGUGGAAACCCUCCGGAGACUUGUUGCGACGGAGUUAAGAGUUUAGCGGCGGCAACCACCACAUCUGCCGAUAAGAAGGCAGCUUGUCAAUGCAUCAAGUCAGUGGCUAAUAGUGUUACCGUGAAGCCUGAAUUGGCUCAAGCCCUUGCUAGCAAUUGUGGUGCGAGCUUGCCCGUUGAUGCUUCUCCUACUGUCGACUGCACUACUGUUGGUUGAGAAAUUCUCAACAUUGAUCAAUGGUCCAUCUUGUCCUAAUUAAGUACGCAAUUUAUAUCAAUAAAGGCGCCGUAUAAUAUAUGUAGGCGAAUGUACACAUGUUGUAAGGUUCAUUUAGUUUCUUCAUGUAUGUACAUGUACAUGUGUAUUGUGUAGUUGUCUUUGUGUGCAUUUGUGCAUGCAAUGCAAUCAUUUACCCCGGUGGUUUGGAUAUUACAGUGUUGUGAACUGAUGAGUCAUGAAAACACAGCGUUUCUUGAUGUUGAAUAUUUUACGAGGGCUCUAUGUUGAAUCACAAACUAAAAAUAAACUGUAUCAAUUAUUCGGUUCUCAAUAUGAAAGGCGAUUUGUCAAUGGUCUGCUCUUUGUCACUUCGAGUGGCCUAGAUUCGUG